AGUGUCCGUCGCUGCUCAUCGAAGAUUCAUCAAGAGGCGCUGCAGCGACACGAACAGUUCCGCCCACAUCGUUGCUACUCCGUAACAUUAGAAAAAAGAAAACAAAUAAUCGCUCUCGGCCUGCGCUGCUGCGACGGGCUUUCAACGGAGCUGCUCCUAUUUAUUCAGCUAUUUACUCAUCAUUAUUAUUAUUAUUAUUAUAUUCGUGUUUCAUGGCAUCCGCUCUCGAUGCAUCUCUUACUCCCUCCCCUCCACACUCCCGCCGCACCGCGGAUUGGCUGUGCGUUGUACGCGAUGUCCUCAUCAGAGAAGAGUGGUUCACCGAGCGGCCCCCGCUCGCCCUCGCCUUCGCGCACCCGCUGACGCGGCUUUACUGCGAGAUGUGGCGCACGGAAUGUUUUGGCGACCUCGAGCACGUCACCACCACCGCGGUGUCCUAUCACAGCGGACCUCCAUCGAAGCCGUCGGCAGGCGACGACGACGAUGAAGUGGAUGGUGCGCCGUCGCCGGCGCUGUUUGUGUCGGUCGGCCGCCUGCGCGUCGCCAACCCGACGGCACUGGAGGACCCGCCCGCCCGCGGUGCAGCCGGCAUCACCCGGCCGUGCCCGCUGUCCCCCGCUGCGGUCUUUGACGGCUCCCCUUUUGCCUCGUCAGCGCGGCGUCACGUGUGCUCCCUCGUCCCCCCGCUGACAGCCGCGGGUGCUCUCGGCGCGGCGUCUCCGUCGCGUGCAGGGGCGUUUGGUCUGGCGCGGCGGGCGCCCCGCCGCACCCCCGUGGUGAACCCGUCGGCCCCGCUCUACUCCCUCGAGACGUACCGGGAGAAGGUGCUGAAGCUGCCGAUUGGGGUGCAACUCGGCCACGCUCGCCUCAUCACGACGCCGCUGCCGCAAUUAAAUCCACAAGACGUUGGAGGCAGCGGUGGCGGCGACGUGCAGUGGGUGCGGGGGCUCUUCAGCCACGUGCCGGCUGCCGUAACACUCAGCGCGUCGCAGCGGGCCGCAGCGGCGAUCAGCGCAGCUGCGAUGGCAUGUGAUCGCACCGCCGCUGUCGCAGCGGCGGUGAGAGAGGAGGGGGCUUAUGCAGGAGGGCCUCAAUGCCCUUUCGUGGAGUCAGACAACGAGGGCGAGUCGUCGCCCUCACCGCGAGAGGAGGACACCGUUUUACAUGCCGAGGCGCCGCCAUCGGACGUGGAGGAGGACUGGGAGACGGCUGCGCUGCAGGAGGAGGCUCAGCUCACGCAUGCCGCCUCCCACUCCUCGGUGGAAGCCGCUCCAACACGUCCGGCGACCAUCGCUCAUCCUUCGUCCAAAGGAACAGCGGAGUCACCUCCUGCUCAGGCGACGAAGGGCCCUGCGCGGGCCUCAGCGACCACAACGGGGGUUCCUUCAACGAUGAGCUCCGAUUCCGCUAAAGCGAUCUGGAAGGAGAGUCACAACGCCUUUCGGCUCUCUGCGAUGAGCGCCGUCUUGGACGCUGCGACGACCGUCCUUCCGCCGCCGUGUGGGUGGUGGCUGCGCCGGCCAGUCAUCGCUGCUACUGCAACUGCCGACCCCUGCUCACACGAGGCGCUGCGUCUCCCGCUGUACGCACACUGCGUGGAAGCCACCAAGCAGUGGGUUGACUGGCUGGACGACCUGCAACGGCCGCUGCACGGCAAUGACGGCCGAGAGAAACGCUUCCCUGUGCGACACACCGUCGACCUGCGCGGGGUGUCGCUCACGGGGUGGUCGACGGCGUACGUGCCUCACACGCUGGUGACCCCCGCCGAGCUUGCACAGCGUGUCACCGCCUUGCGCAUCGAGGAGGCCCUGCCCCGCACCCUCCCGCUGCGCGGCUUGCACCUCGAGUCCACCACCAGCGCCAUGCAGGCGUUGUUGCACACCGGCGGCGCCUCAGCCGCAGCCGCGUGGCACGACUCCCUCGUGGCGCUCGAUCUGCCCUAUCUACGGGACACCGAUGCGGGGCCCGUGUUGGGGCACGCGGACGGUCCGCCACAUCCGCUGGCAGUCGCCCUCCACUCUCUUCCCCACCUGCGUUUCUUGUCGCUCAACUGCAGUAAAGCGAGCUGGAAAGACGGCGUAGGGAGCAGCGAAAAUGCAUGGGAUGCCGACGGCGAAGAGAUGACGCAGCCGCUGGAGGAGCUGAUGCUGUUCGGUGUGACGGACGUGCCUGCACGCGCCUUCGCCUCGCUGAGUCGUCGCUGCGUGUUUCUCCGUGUGGUGGACCUCAGCAGCACCAACAUCACCGAAGCGGAGCUGAGUGCGCUGGUGUUUGGCAGGUGGGACACCGACGCAGCGCCGAACGUGCGACGGACGUCUCCGCUUGUGUGGCUGGAGGAGCUGCGUCUGGUGGCGUGUCACUCCCUCGCGCGGGUUCGCGCGGUCACCGCCCUUCCGCGGCUCCGUUGGUUAAACUUGCAGGCGAGCGGUGUUUGUCAGCUGGAGGACUUGGUAGGCUGCGACGCUUUGGAGGUGGUGGUGCUGACGCGGUGCGCACACGUCACCUCCCUUUACCCGCUGUGGCACCUCCCGCGAUUGCGCUGCGUGGAGGCUGACAACGUCCGCACGUUGCGGCACGACGACGGGCUGCUGCGACUACCGCUGCCGCCGGCAAGCGACCAUUACGGCGACGCAGUCGUCAGCGCCCCCACUGCCGUUGCGGCCGCGGUGCACGGCGCAGAAGUUGCCGCCCCGCUCUGUCGGCUGAACCUUUCACAGGCUGCUUUCAUUCAUGGCGCGGCGGUGGCGCAACUCGCCGCGGCACCGUGCGACGUCAGCGGCUGCCUUCGAUCCCUCACUGUCCUGCUGCUCGACAACACGAGCGUUAACGACGAGACGGUAGCGGCGCUGGCCGGUGUGACCGGCGCACGUGAGAUGACGGGUGAUAGCGGUGGCGGUGGGCCUGCGGAACCGAGGUCUGCUGCUGCUGCUGCUGCUGCGGGACUGCGUGAAGUCAGCUUUGCCGGCUGCCAUGGCGUGCACGACCUCGGCCCUCUUGGGCUGCUGCCGCACUUAACGAGCGUGGUGGCGGACGGUGCCGGGGUGGAGCGCGUGGACGGCUUGCAGCGCAGUCGCACUCUCUCGUUUCUAUCUCUGGCACAUUGCUCGCGGCUGUGGUCCAUCGCCCCGUUGGCCUUCGCAUCGACGCUGCGCACGUUGGAUGUGAGUCGCACCCCGCUGAACGACGCCGGCCUGAUGCGUUUUGUGUUCCCGAGUUUGGUGGACACAGUCAUCGCGCAGCAGCUCCACGGGGCGGCCUCGCCGGACACCGCGUUUGCCGGCUCGCCUUCCUCCUCUUCCGCGGAUGUCGUGCCGUCGCAGAUAGAACAGCUGCGACUGUAUCAGUGCACUUCGCUGCGGUACAUCGGGUGCCUGGCACAUCUACCACGCCUCCGCCGGCUGGACGUGAGUCACGCGGCGGUGUUCGACCGCGGUUUUGUGUGCUUCUUCGCCUCGCCAGCGGUGCUGCUGCGCACGCAGUUGUGGAUCCCCGCGGCGGCGGGCCCGGCGGCGGCGACGUGGGCGGACGAGGAAGCGGGCCGCACAGCGCUGCGGCGUGACAGCGAGGCAGCGAUGGCGCCGAUGCCGGACGAGGCUUCCCUCCUGCGUGCGUGGCGGCGUGGCGGAUCGCAGCAGCGACCGAGCCGCCCCCACUUCAACCCCCCAUCCCUUCGUUUUCUCUCCGAUGCAACUGCACGUCGUGCGGCGACGACAGAGUGUGAGGCGGCGGACGGUGCGGGACUCAGCCGUGAGGACGAGUUUGUGCUCGACGUUGGCGCUGCUGCGACACUCACGCAUCUCUCCUUCGCCUACUGCGCCGAGGUGCGCGGCGUUGCGCCGUGUGCGCUGUUCUGCGCCUUAACGUCGCUCGACCUGACCGCCACGGCCGUCGACAGCGCAGCGCUGCUCGCCUUCGUCAAUCUGCUACACGAGUGCUGCCGCGUAGAAGGCGAAGGUGAAGGCAACGACGCCACGCCCAUGGUGCUGAAGAUGGAGCGGGACGGCCUGCGGGCGUGUGUAGACGACGACUCCGGUGAAGGCGGCGCGGCACGGCAACGCGCGUACGCCCUCACCUCGCUGUCGCUCUCCUUUUGCCCUUACGUGACCGACGUGCGCUGCUGUGCGACGAUCCCCUCGCUCACGCACUUAACGCUGUACGGCACCCACGUUGCAAACCCCAGCAUGGAGGCCUUCGCCGCGCCGCCUGCGCUGUCUCCUUCGUCCACCGCCUCCAUCGUGGAGAGGCGGUGGUGGUCGCGGCACCAAUGCGCGCUGCAGUCGCUGGACAUUCGACGCUGUCGCGAUGUGACCGACGUGACACCUCUACUGCAGACGGCCGCACUGCGCGAACUGUAUGUUGGCCAUUCGGGCGUGACUGCUUCGAGGACGGAGCUGCAGGCGCUGAAUCCGCAUAGUCGCUGUGUUUUCACGUUGUAA